ACACACACACACACACGCCCGUACGACACCACCUCCUGUGGAGCGUUUCCGUUCCCCGGCGCGUUAAAAGGCACAGUUGGUGAUAAAAGCUCAAGCGCAUGAAAAGGAGCGCACCUCUCCGGCUCCGCACGGCAGAGGGGCGGAUCUAACAUGCCACCAGCAUCUGCUGUCUGAAUUCUGACUCAUUCAGCUAGUAGAUCUCUUGGACUGGAUAAUUGAGCGUUUACAAAUUUAUUUUUUUCUUUAUUAAGAGCUGCCACAUGCGCGCACGUUGCAACAGAGGGCUCUCCCCUGCACCUUCGCUUCUCCAGAUGAGUUGACCAAGUGAACAGCACCGAGUCCUCAUGGUCGGUGCAAACUUUUGGCCGGUCCAAACUUCGCUAUUCAGCCCGAUGAUGAUCGUUUGCAACGUGAGCCUGAGUUGUGCGCACUGUACCGGGGGAGGAGCUGGCGGCACGGCGGCGACGGACACGUACGAGGAGGUGUCCGGUUCUCUCCCUCCUCCGACCUUGAGCCCGAGGGGGCACCUGGUGGUGGCAGUGUGCCUCGGCUUCAUCGGCACCUUCGGGUUCCUCAGUAACUUCCUGGUGCUCGCGCUGUUCUGCCGGUACCGGGUUCUGCGCACGCCCAUGAACCUCCUGCUGGUGAGCAUCUCUGCGAGCGACCUGCUGGUCAGCGUGCUGGGCACACCGUUCAGCUUCGCGGCCAGCACCCAGGGACGCUGGCUGAUCGGACGCGCUGGGUGCGUUUGGUACGGGUUCGUUAACGCAUGUUUAGGCAUCGUCUCCCUGAUAUCCCUCGCCGUUCUGUCCUACGAGCGUUACUGCACCAUGAUGGCGCCCACUAUAGCCGACGGACGAGAGUACCGCCCAGCGCUGGGAGGGAUCUGCUUUUCCUGGCUCUAUUCGGUGGCCUGGACUGUACCUCCGCUGCUGGGCUGGAGCAGAUAUGGUCCCGAGGGUCCCGGCACAACCUGCUCAGUGGAUUGGAGGACCCAGACGCCAAACAAUAUCUCCUACAUCAUCUGCCUGUUCAUCUUCUGCCUGGUCCUGCCAUUCUGUGUCAUCCUCUACUCCUACGGCAAACUGCUGCACACCAUCAGACAGGUUCGCAGUGUGAGUUCAAUAGUGACUCGCCGCAGAGAGCAGCGGGUGCUGGUCAUGGUUGUCACAAUGGUGGUGUGCUACCUGGUCUGUUGGCUGCCUUAUGGAGUAACAGCUCUGCUGGCGACCUUUGGCCCCCAUGACCUUCUGACCCCAGAGGCGAGCAUCACUCCGUCACUGCUGGCCAAGUUUUCCACCGUUGUCAACCCUUUUAUCUACAUAUUCAUGAACAAACAGUUCUACAGGUGUUUCAGGGCGUUCCUGAGCUGCUCCGCCCCCGAGCGAGGCUCUACUUUAAAGACAUUCUCACGGCCCACCAAAACGCUCCGCACAGUCCGCCAGGAGAAGGAACUGCCCGUGUCCGUCCCCGCGCCCUCCUCAGCCCAGCCCACACCCAACUCCAUCCACGAGUCCUCGCACAGAGCCAGCAACACGGCUCCAUCACCAUCGAAUGGAGAAUCGUCUGCUGCACCUCCUGCUCCUGCUGCUGUCGCCAGCACCCCUGCUGCUACCGGCCCCAAACCCAAGCUGAUCCUGGUGGCUCACUACAGGGAGUGAAAAGAGAGGAACAACAACAGGAACUGAACGUUUACGGGAAGGAGAAGGAGCAGGGCACAGGUCCCUAAUUUGGAAACUAAUCCUUACAAUAGUAGAAAAGAGCGAGAGCACAGCGGGAGUCUUAAAUACAAACUGGGACGUUUUAAUCCCAGAGCGGGUUAUCAUGGCUCUGUGAAGUCAGCAAACAGGGAUAAACACAACAUACCAGAGUCAUGCUGCUUACCAGAGGCACCGUAUAGAAAGCAGCAGGGCAAAGCACAAUGCUUCAAGUUAAGAUUACACACUUUAUCUGAGAAAUUAUUCAGGAACAUUUUUGGAAAAGCACAGUGUUUUGGUCGAUAUUUCAUACACUGUUGUUUAUGUUGUUUUUUUGUUUUUAGGGCAAUGAGGUAUUUGGUCAGCUCAAGUGUGUAGCUACAGUUAGCAGGAUUAUUGUUUCUUUUCUUUUUUUUUUUUUUUUUUUGAUGAUCGUUCAGUUGAAAAUGGGUGUAAGCAUUUUUUUUUCCUGACCCCAUUUCCAUGCCUGAUAUUUGAGGAUUUGAUACAGAGUAUUAAAGAUUUGUUGAACAAUUUUAUGCAAUUUAGAAGUGAGAAGGUUUCUGUUAUGCCUUCAUUUACACUUUGCAGUAUCAAUGCUGGGACAAUAAUGAAAGUCAUUAAAGGGAAAGUUCACCAUGUUAUGAGGGCCACAGAAAGAGAUUUUGUGUUUUGUGUUGUCUUGAUGUUUCGGAAGCUGCAGUUUCUCUUUGUUUGGUGGAAACGUGGUUUUGUAUUGCGUCCUAAUUGUAUUUUCCUUUGCUUAUGUAACUUAAAUGAAAUCGUGUCACAAACAGA